AUGAAGUCCUCCCUGCAAGCCCUCCUCCUUGCCGGCGCCGCCGCAGCAGAGAACGCGACCGCGCCCUCCUACCUCACCGCGACGGCAAUCGUGACCAACGCGCAAAACAACUCGGCGCUGCAGUGCUGGCGCUUCUCGGACGCGCUGCAGGCGCCCACAACCCCCGGCAUCAUCGGCGCGCAGCGCUUCGGGCUCGACGUCGCCAGCGGGGCCGAGCUCGCCGUCAUCCCGCCGCGGUUUGACGGCCAGGUGCAUAAUGCGCCCGUGCCUGCCUUCGUCAGCUUCGCGUCCGGCCUCGCGCACCUCUCCCUCCCCCACGGCGCCGACGAGGCCUGGAUCCUCGGCGGCGAAAACGGCCUCAUCGUCGCGGUGGACACGACGGGCUCCGGGCACCGCACGCGCUUCCCGUCCGACGAGACGACCAUUUCGCUGUUUUUGCCGUUUUUGGACGCGAGGGUGCCGCCGCAUGAGGUGCUGAGCGAGGGGCCGUGUUUUUAUCAUCGGUCGCAGAUUGUGGGGGGCGGUGAGGCGUGAGGAAGGAAAGGGCUUGUGGGCACUGAGGUGAAGUUGAGUGGAGUGAGGACCGAGGACGGGGUACCUGAGCGAUGAAACGGCGGGCUGAGGGCCAGUGCUUUAGACGUCAUCUUCGGCGUCCAGAUGUAGCUCCGAGAGAGUCAACAAAUAUCCCACUCACUGCGCGC